ACGAGUCCCUCCGGGAGGGGAGCCUUGCGCCCAGCGGCCUGCGCCGCCGGAGUAAGGAUGGGGCCGGGUCGGUGGAGAGCCGGUACUCCAGGCAGGAGGGGAAGCGGCGCCCGGCCCCACGGGUCAUGGGGUGGCCCCACGCCGCCCUCUAAGACGCUCCACCGGGUGUGCUCGGGCCUCUGGGCGGCCGGGUGCAGCCUCGGCGGUUUGAUGCGGGGCAGUUCCCGAGCGCGCUGGGUUCCGUGGGCCGGGGACGGUCUCUUCUGGGAGCAGGAGCCGUAGGAGCCGGGGCGCCUGGGCAGGCUUGUCCUAGCGCAGGAUGUCAGAACUGUGUAGGGCGCACUCGGUCCUCCAGGCCGAGAACUGGCAUGGAAAUGGCCAUCCAGAGGGUCAGGUGCAGGAAAACACUUAGCGCAUGAGGACGACCCGCGCCAGAGGGCCCUGGAAAGCGGGUGACACUGGACAGCUCAGGAGGCUCGUGCCCUUGAUUCCUUCUAACCCCGGGCCAGGCUGUCACCGGAUUUAAAGGGUCAGGAUGGGAGAGAAGUGGCUGCUCUGUGCACGUGUUUACAAGCAUUGAUGCCAUUUGAUAGGAAAUUUAAAAAUGGACCUUCAGAAAUACUAGGUUUACAAUGAGAGGCGUCACAUUUCAAUGUUUAUUCUACGGAUCCUUGAUAUUUGGGAUCUGGACAGCUCUAUUGUAUGUAUAUAUUCACCAUAAUCAUGUAAGCAACUUGGAGAAGAAAAACCAGGGGCCUGCAUUAAUUUGGUCCCAUGAAAAAAAAUUGCAACAGCAAAUUCCCCGGGACCCCAAGCAAAUACCGAGACUGCGUGUAAGAUUUGAAAUGCCUGACAAAUAUGAAACUACAGAAUACAAAACCUUUUUAAGAUCAGGUGUCUUCAAAAACAUUACCCAGCCAACCUACCUACUGCCAGCGUGGUCAUUUGCUUCUACAAUGAGGAAUUUAACGCCUUGUUUCGGACCAUGUCCAGUGUCAUAAACCUCACUCCACAGUACCUCCUUGAAGAAAUUGUUUUGGUAGAUGACAUGAGCGACUUUGAUGAUUUGAAAGAGAAACUAGACCAUCGCCUGGAAAUUUUUCGGGGAAAGAUUAAAUUAAUAAGAAACAAGCAGAGAGAGGGACUGAUCCGAUCGAGGCUGAUUGGAGCCGCUCGUGCUUCAGGGGAUGUGCUGGUGUUCCUGGAUAGCCACUGCGAGGUGAAUCGUGUGUGGUUGCAGCCUUUGCUGCAUGCCAUUGCCAAGGACCCCAGAAUGGUGGUGUGUCCUCUGAUAGAUCCCAUCGACCACGAGACCCUAGAGUACAGGCCAUCUCCGGCAGUAAGGGGUGCUUUCAACUGGCAUCUAGAGUUUAAAUGGGAUAACGUUUUCUCUUAUGAGAUGGAUGGACCAGAAGGACCCACUAGACCCAUCCGGUCGCCUGCAACGGCUGGAGGAGUUUUUGCUAUAAACAGGCAUUAUUUUAACGAGAUUGGACAGUACGACAGGGACAUGAAACUCUCGGGAGCAGAAAAUUUGGAACUUUCACUAAGGAUCUGGGUGUGUGGAGGCCAACUUUUCAUACUCCCCUGCUCGAGAGUGGGACUCAUCAAUAAGCCGCGCUUUCCAGGUCGACCUGGUUUUAUGAAAUCCGUGACCUAUAACAAUCUCAGAUUGGUGCACGUUUGGCUGGACCAAUACAAGGAGCAGUUUUUUUUACGACAACCUGGUCUGAAAUCUGUUGCCUAUGGAAACAUCAGCGAGCGCGUUGAACUGAGGAAACGGUUGGGUUGCAAACCAUUUCAGUGGUAUUUGGAUAAUGUCUUCCCAGAACUGGAGACAUCUAAGGACAGCCAAAGAAAAGGAAACAAAUCCUUUUCAUUAAUGAAGGACUAAAAACCUCUGAGGUCUUCAACACAGCAAAGAACACAGUUCCAGACCUGACGCGAGUUUGGAACAACAUGAAAUUAAGUGACGUGCAGUAAGAAAUACAACCAGAGUGCCUUUCUGUC